ACCGAUACUCCAGUACCAGUAGCCAACCAACAACAGCACCCAACAAACAGCUUACCUCGAUCCCCUCGCCACUGCGCAGUUGACUCUGCGUCGACAACUUCUCGUCGCCCCAUUUCCAAAGACAGCUCCAGCUACUAUUCACUGACACAUCGCGAUGCCUUGGUGGGGCAAGCCCAAGGAGGAGGCCAAGCCUGACCAGGCUCAGGAAGAUGGCACACCAGCCAGCUCGUCUCUCGAUCCGCACAAGCUGCCCCCAAGAGAGCGGCUUCCCAAGGGGCUCCAGACGAUUGUCGACAAAGCCGACGAGGAUGGGAGGCUCUAUGAAGACUUGCGCGAGGGAUACGCUCGUCCGUCCACCGACACCAACCUCCGCUACGCCGCCUAUGCCACACGACUACGGACCAUACUACUCUCGGCGCAUCGCUAUGUCGCGUAUACGUCCGACAUUGGCGAGUCUUUCCGGCCGGUGGCGCAUCCGUACAUGGUGCGCACGGCGUACGGAAUCUCGUGGAUGUACAUCCUUGGCGACGUUUCGUACGAAGGGUACAAGGCGUACUGGCACAAUCAGCGCAUCCUCAACCCGCAGCUACAGCUCACACCGCAUCAGGAGAAGGUGACCGGCCUGCCGGCGGAGAGCUCGGCGCCCAAAGACGCGAAACCUAGGACGGUGUCGCCGCUCGAGGACUGGCGGACCGUCAUGGUCCAGCGAGGCAUCUUCCAGAGCGUAGCAAGCAUGGGCCUACCGGCAUUCACAAUCCACAGCGUGGUGCGCUACUCGGGGCGAGCAAUGAAGAACGUCAAGAACGUGACGUUGCGCACGUGGGCGCCCAUCGGGCUCGGCCUGGCGAUUGUUCCUUUCCUGCCCGCCAUGUUCGACGAGCCGGUCGAGCACGCGGUCGAGUGGACCUUCCACCGCGGCUUCGAGGCUUUUGGCGGCAAGCAGGCCGUGGGUGACGCGCCCAGAACUGGGCGGGAAAGGGUGCUGAACCAAAAAGUGAUCAAGGAUGAGUAGAUUAAGCCUUGGUUUCAGCAGUUGGUGUCUAUUAGGUAUAUGUUGUAUAAGGCGCUCGUUGAUUUGAUGGCAUUGAAGGCGCAGGACGCUCGACUCUUUCACUCGGUAUGAAGACCAGGACCGCUCUGCAGAUCAUAAUGCAAUACAUAUUCACUGCAAGGUACGAGGUAUGAUGAUACCUCAUGGUUCACGCGGAUGGUGGAUACAUCAGCUUGGCGGCGAGUCGGCGACGUACGGCCACUGCCCGGCUUUCACGUUCUCUCUGGGGCUGUGUGCGUGGCUUGGCCAGUGCGCGAGUCGCCGACAGAGAGGGGUUGAGGGGUCUCUUGGGGCCUGGGGUCCCUGUCGUUGCCCCACGAUAGGCGGCCUCGAUUGUCAGCUCACCUACAG